AUGGAGAAGAAGAAUCAACCAAACCCACGUAAGAAACAUGAAGAUUUCGCUCUCAAAGAGACUUCCCCCAACAUCAAUGGCGGAAAAUCAUCUGUUGGCAUUAGUACCGCGUUUGAUCUUGUUGAACAAAUGUUGUUUCUUUACGUCAAAGUCGAAAGAGCAAGAGAUUUAAUGGAAACUUGUGACCCUUAUGUUGAAAUCAAGCUUGGAAACUACAGAGGGACCACGAAAGCUUUUGAGAAAACACCAAAUCCAGAAUGGGGUACUGUUUUUGCCUUUGUGAAAGAUCGAAUUCAGACAACUGACGUCGAAAUCUCUUUGUUUAAUAAGUCAGCAGCCGGUGCAGAGAUCGGCAGCAUUGUUAUGAGCAUUGCCGACGUUCCAUUGAGGAUACCACCCGACAGUCAGUUGGCUUCGCAAUGGUAUAAACUCGAAAAGCGAAACAGCAAUGGCAGUCAAGUCAGGGGUGAGUUGAUGCUCUCCGUUUGGAUGGGGACUCAAGCCGACAACCAUUACUCAAUAGCGUGGCAUUCUGAUGCAGCAUCGGUCAGUGGCGACGGUGUCAUCAACACACAAUCGAAAGUUUACCAAUCACCAAGGUUGUGGUACUUGAGAGUGAAUAUAAUUGAAGCUCAAGAUUUAGUAAUCAGAGACAAGAACAGAAAGCCAGAGGUUUUGAUUGAAGCAAGACUUGGGAUUAUACAAAUGAUAAGCAGAAUAUCAGAGAGUAAGAAUUUGAAUCCAACAUGGAAUCAAGACAUGUUGCUUGUUGCAGCAGAGCCAUUUGAGAAGAAUUUAGAGCUUCGUGUGGUUGAUAAGAUUGGUCCUAAUGAAAUUGAAGUUCUAGGUGUUUGUCAUAUUCCUCUAGAGAAAAUUGAAGUGAGAAAUGAUAGUUCACCUGUUGAGAACAGGUGGUACAAUCUAGAGAGGCCCAAUGGAUUCAAGGCAGGGGAGGAAGCAAAGGAAGUGAAGUUUGCAAGCAAGUUGCAUUUGAGAGUCUCUUUAGAUGGAGGGUAUCAUGUUCUUCACGAGCAGAUUCAAUAUGCAAGUGAUCUUCGAGCAACGUCGAAGUCGUUAUGGCCGAAGUGCAUUGGUGUUUUGGAGUUAGGUAUCUUGAGUGCUUCAGGCUUGUCGCCGAUGAAACAAAGAGAGAAUCAAACUGACCCAUUUUGCGUAGCGAAAUACGGGCCGAAAUGGGUGAGGACUAGAACAAUUACUAAUACUUCUGAUCCAAAAUGGAAUGAGCAAUACAUUUUUGAGGUUUACGACCCAUGUACUGUUUUAACUAUUGGAGUGUUUGAUAAUGGUUAUCUCCAAGGAGGAGGGGAUAAAGGGAAGGAUAGUCGAAUUGGGAAGGUUCGGAUUCGAUUGUCGACGCUCGAGACCAAUCGAAUUUACACACAUUCUUACCCUCUUGUGGCGUUGCAAGCUUGUGGUGUGAAGAAGAUGGGUGAGAUUCAAUUGGCAGUAAGGUUUUCUUGCUUAUCUUUUAUCAACAUGUUGCAAACUUAUGCUCAACCUAUGCUACCUGAAAUGCAUUACGCUCUCCCUUUGUCCAUUUACCAAAUAGACCACUUGAGAGACCAAUGCUUAAACAUUCUUUCAGACCGACUAACACGCGCCGAGCCAAAGCUAAGGAGGGAGGUCAUCUACUACAUAUUGGAUGCAGACUCACACUUAUGGAGCAUAAGAAAAUCCAAAGCCAACUUCAACCGGAUUGCAGCGCUUUUCGAGUGGUUGGUUUUGUUUUGCAAAUGGUUUGGUUGUGUACGAAGUUGGACCAAUCCUACUUUAACCGUUGCAGUUCACAUGAUGUUUAUACUCAUCGUGUUCUUUCCUAAACUAAUCUUUCCCACUAUGUUUUUUUACUGUUUCUUGGUGGGUAUGUGGCGCUACCGUUAUAGGCCGAGGCAUCCACCACACAUGGAUACUGAGCUUUCGUACGCUUAUGCGGUGACACCUGAUGACUUAGAAGAGGAAUUUGACACGUUUCCAAGUAGAGUGAAUGGAGGAGCGUUGAGAAGACGAUACGACAAGCUUCGAUAUAUCGGGGGGAGAAUGCAAGUGUUGAUGGGGGAUUUAGCAACACAAGGGGAGAGGAUUGAAGGGGUUCUAAGUUGGAGGGAUCCAAGGGCAACUGCACUUUUUAUGAUGUUUUGCCUUGUUGCAGCUGUGGGAAUGUAUGUAAUUCCUUUCGAUGUUCUUAUCCUUUUAAUGGGGCUUUAUGCAAUGAGACACCCAAUAUUUAGGAUCACUUUACCUUCUUUCCCUCAAAAUUUUCUUAGGAGAAUGCCUGCUAGAAUUGACUCUUUACUUUGA